ACUUCUAAACAUUCUUCUGCAUCUUGCAGCAUGAACAACUCUCAAGAAACACCCAUGAACAGACCUGCAAAUCGCCAUCAUCAUCAUCAUCAUCAUCUAUCAUCUGCAGCAGCACCUGAAGAAAGCAGCUGGACCUCUUACUUUGAAGAGUUUCUAUGGCAGAAGAAUGGUGAUGAUCAAGAUGUGAUGAUGAGUUGUGAUGAAACCCUAAAUUUUCUAGUGUCUGAUGCUGCUUCUUCGGCCAAUAUCGUCAAGAAGGCGGUAUGCAUUCAAGAUGAUCAUCAUCAUCAUCAUGAUGCUAAGAAACUGAGGCUGAUCAACAAGAAGAAAACCAAAAGAUCAGUAAUGAUUGAUGAUGAUGAUUCUUUAGAAGAUACUGCUAGUUCUCCUGUAAACAGUCCCAAGGAGAAGGUUGGAACCUCUGAAGAAGAAAACAAGAGAAGGGUCUUGAACCCAAAUAUGGAGUUGAAGAAAAGAGGGCUUUGUUUAGUACCUUUGUCUUCAUUGGCUAACUAUCUUUCAUAAAUUACAAGACU